GGGGGGGGGGAGGUUUAGCUGGCAGCCUAGUGGAGCAGGAAUAAUCCAAGCUGGGCUGCUAGCUCUGUGCCCCUCCUUUGCUCACAACUGUUUUGCUUCUCUUGCUGAGCCUUGGCUUAGCAACUGCAACCAGCAACAAACUGCGGAAACGAAUAAAUUUUGAAUUAUUAAAAACAUUUGGCAUCGGGCAGCACCAGGUACGUCUGCCCUUAUAUGGCAAAGGCAGGUGGCUACAGCGUUGUGUGUGGAGGAAAGGAGGGACCAAAGGUCACCUCGGUGCUUGCUCUGUUCAGGUACGGUUCGUCGCCAAGGUGCCCCGUGCCCACCAAGCCGCCGUCACAGCUAAGAUCUCACCACAAAGGGCUAAGCAUCAUGCCGGAACUCAGUGCCACGGUUACCCGGACUCUGAACAAAACUACACCUGGACUCCAGAUAUGGAGAAUUGAGAACAUGCAGAUGGUGCCUAUACCAACCCAAUCGUAUGGGAGUUUUUACGAAGGAGAUGCGUAUAUCAUUCUUGCGACCCAUAAGACUGGAAACUCCUUCACCUAUGAUGUCCACUUCUGGCUGGGCAGCCUCUCGUCUCAGGAUGAACAGGGUGCAGCUGCCAUCUACACGACUCAGAUGGAUGAGUACUUGGGUGGAGUAGCAGUGCAGCACAGAGAGGUCCAAAACUAUGAGAGCGAAGUCUUCCGAAGUUACUUCAAACAGGGUCUCAUCUAUAAGAAUGGCGGUGUGGCCUCUGGUAUGAAGCAUGUGGAGACCAACUCAUACAAUGUGCAACGCCUGCUGCACGUCAAGGGCAAAAAGAACAUAGUAGCUGGAGAGGUAGAGAUGAGUUGGAGCAGUUUCAACCUGGGGGAUGUGUUCCUGUUGGACCUGGGGAAGCUCAUCAUCCAGUGGAAUGGCCCUGAAAGCAACCGGAUGGAGCGGCUGAAGGCGAUGACCCUAGCCAAAAACAUCCGUGACCAGGAGCGUGGGGGCCGAGCACAUGUGGGUGUGGUGGAUGGUGAGAAUGAAUCUGCCUCUCCUGGGCUCAUGAAGGUCAUGACCUACAUACUGGGGGAGAAGAGAGACAUCCAACCGGCCAUCCCCGACUCCGUGGUGGACCAGAAACUCAAAUCUGCUCUUAAGCUCUAUCAUGUAUCUGAUGCAGAAGGAAACCUCCUCAUCCAGGAGGUUGCUAUCCGGCCCCUUACCCAGGACCUCCUGAAGCAUGAGGACUGCUACAUUUUGGACCAGGGUGGCAUUAAGAUCUUUGUGUGGAAAGGCAAGCUUGCCAGCAAGGAAGAGAAGCAGGAAGCCAUGUCGCGGGCCUUGGGUUUUAUCAAGGCAAAGAACUAUCCACCCAGCACCUCUGUGGAGACUGAAAAUGAUGGUUCAGAAUCAGCCCUGUUUAGGCAGCUCUUUCAGAAAUGGACUGUCUCACAUCAAACUACUGGUUUUGGCAAGGUCAAUACCAUCGGAAAAGUAGCCAAAGUGGAGCAAGUGAAGUUUGAUGCCACCACUCUGCAUGCAAAGCCUGAGAUAGCUGCCCAGAACAAGAUGGUGGAUGAUGGCUCUGGAGAGGUGGAGGUGUGGCGAAUUGAGAACUUGGAGCUGGUGCCAGUAGAGAAUCGUUGGCUUGGGCAUUUCUACAGUGGUGACUGCUAUCUUAUCCUCUACAAAUAUGAAGUCUACAAUAAGUUCCAUUACAUCCUGUACAUUUGGCAGGGUCGCCAUGCCAGCCAGGACGAAAUCACUGCCUCCGCGUACCAGGCGGUCAUUCUGGACCAAAAGUAUAAUGGUGAACCUGUGCAGGUGCGAGUUACCAUGGGCAAGGAGCCUGCCCAUCUGAUGGCCAUUUUCAAGGGACGCAUGGUGGUCUAUGCGGGUGGUACCUCCCGAACUGGCAAUACAGAUCCAGUGCCUUCCACCCGCCUUUUCCACGUUCAGGGAACUAAUGAGUACAACACUAAAGCCACCGAGGUGACUCCCAGGGCCUCCUGUCUUAACUCUAAUGAUGUCUUUAUUCUCAAGACCCAGAGUUGCUGCUAUCUCUGGUAUGGAAAGGGCUGCAGUGGAGAUGAGAGAGAGAUGGCCAAGACUGUGUCAGAUCUCAUCUCCAAGAUGGAGAAAAUUGUGAUCGCUGAGGGUCAGGAGCCUGCGGAAUUCUGGGUUGCCCUGGGUGGGAAGUCUCAGUACGCCAACAACAAAAGACUGCAAGAAGAAACGCUUUCCAUCACGCCACGGCUCUUUGAGUGUUCCAACAAGACAGGCACCUUUCUUGCCACGGAGAUAAUCAGUUAUACUCAAGAUGACUUGGAGGAAGAUGAUGUGUACUUGCUGGAUAUUUGGGACCAGGUUUUCUUCUGGAUUGGCAAAAAUGCAAAUGAGGAUGAGAAAGCGGCAGCAGCUGUCACUGCCCAGGAGUACCUGCGCACUCAUCCAGGUGGCCGUGACCUUGAUACCCCCAUUGUGGUUGUGAAGCAAGGCUAUGAACCUCCCACGUUCACUGGAUGGUUCCCAGCAUGGGACCCCCUCAAAUGGCAGGACAAGAAAAGUUACGAAGAACUGAAGGCUGACCUUGCCCACGACAAUGACCUGGAGCAGCUCACUUCGGAAAUCCUUGAAGCAAAAGAGGUCUUCACUGCCAACACCAACUUUAGCAACAGGUCACUGAGAACAUAUUCCUUGGAGAAACUGGUCAAUGUGCCUGUAGAGGAGCUGCCCAGUGAUGUAGAUCCUAGUAGGAAGGAGGACUACUUAUCGGAUGAAGAUUUUCUUGCUGCUUUUGGAAUGUCCCGACAAGACUUUGCUGCACUGGCCCCAUGGAAGAAACAGUCUCUCAAGAAGGAAAAGGGACUCUUUUAAAUAUAAACUUCUUCCAUUAGAUUAAUGCAGAUGUUUAAUUAAUCAAAGCUUGCUAACAGGAGUGCCAAAGAGUGAAUGGUCAAGCAUUCUCUGCCACUGGAAGUCUUACAGGGACAAAAAGUUUCUUUAAAAACAUUGUAAUUGCCUUUAUUCCUAGCCACUAAACAAGUAUGCAGGCUGAAUGGAGUAUAAAAAGGUAGCCUUAAAGAUAGGGGUAAGGAACCUUUAACCCUCCAGAUGUAUUGGAUACCUCCCAUAAACCCUUAGCAUUGACCAUGCUGAGUAUUGUGAAUUUAAGUCUAAAACAUCUUGAGGGCCAACAAUGUCCUAUCACUAUUUUAAGAUUUGCUCCUUUCCUCACUUUUUCUACAUGUUAACAGUACUGUUCUAUUCUGUUCAGCCACCAGUUCCAGGUUUUCUUGUGGCAAAUGAUGCCAUUUGCCCUUCGAUUUAAUUCCUCUGAACUCCAGAUUAAGUUUUGUUGUACAAAAUUAUUCGGCACUUUUGACAAAAGAUGUUUGCACUGCCCAUUUAUCUGAGUUAUCCGUGCUGAAGACUCCUGUUGCUUUGUUUUACCAAUUGGUUUUCUAGUACAGAAAAGUUUCCCCUCCCUAUGAAACCACACACUGAUCAGGGUAUCUGUUCCAGUUUCAACACAAUGAUGUUAAGUUUUAAAAUUACUUUUGCAUACGUACCCCAGCAUUUCCAUGGGAUUUUUAAAAAAUCACACUUUAAAUAAAUAGAACUAAGCCUCAA